UGACUACUUAUUAAUUAAUUAAUGUUAAAGCACUUUAAUACCUUAUUUUGUCCUAAUUUUGUCAUUGAUUUGAUAGGGAAGGUCAAUAAGCCAAAGUGUCCGCCAGGAUGGCAGAGGUUCAUGUCGAGUUGCUACCAACUUUCUACUGAGGCAAACACCUGGAUGUACGCCAAACAAAACUGUGAGAGCAAAGGAGCUCAACUCAUGAUGCUGAAUGACGAAACAGAACAGAGGCCUUUCAUUGGAGGAGUGUUAAAAAUCUGGAUUGGCCUGUAUGGUCAAAUACAGAAUAAUACCUUCAUUUGGUAUCUGAUGGGGGUAGAUGGAAGACUGCUGAAAUCAGGUGGACCAAACACUCCAAAGCCACAAUUCUGGACUAGCUUCUCCCAAAGUUGUGUUUACAUCGAUCAGAGUCUUCCAUGCAUGAAGACUUGGUCGAUGGGCAGCUGUAUGGAAAAAUUCUAUUGGAUCUGUGAAACACCAAUGGUUGUAGAUCUACUGGAGAUGUGAAGAAAUCGAUCAUUUCUAAACAACCCAGCCAAACUUUUAUUUUAAACACAUUGUAUUUACUUCCUGUCAUUGUUGGCUGAACAGACCAAAUG